AUGAGAACCAGCUUUGGAGCACAAUUACUCACAGGUCAAGUUGUUGCUGUUAAAAGGCUCAACAUAUCAGACUCUGAUGACAUUCCAGCAGUGAAUCGCCAGAGCUUUCAGAAUGAGAUAGAAUCACUUACUGAAGUGAGGCACCGCAAUAUAAUAAAGCUUUACGGGUUCUGUUCUUGGAGUGGACAAAUGUUCUUGGUUUAUGAACAUGUACAAAGAGGAAGCAUGGGGAAAGUGUUGUAUGGAGAGGAAACUAAAUUGGAGUUAAGUUGGGCCACAAGGCUGAAAAUUGUGCAGGGAAUAGCACACGCAAUUUCAUACCUGCAAAGUGACUGCUCCCCAGCAAUUGUGCACCGGGAUGUAACACUGAAUAACAUUCUACUAGACUCCGACUUAGAACCUCGUCUUGGCACAGCAAAGCUGCUAAGCUCCAACACUUCAACAUGGACCUCAGUUGCUGCUGGUUUGUAUGGCUACAUGGCUCCAGAACUCAUACAAACAAUGAGGGUGACUGACAAGUGUGACGUGUAUAGUUUUGGAGUAGUGGUGUUGGAGAUAUUCAUGGGAAAGCAUCCCGGAGAACUCUUGACUACAAUGUCUUCAAACAAGUAUUUGACAUCAAUGGAGGAACCUCAGAUGCUACUGAAGGAUGUGCUUGACCAACGGCUUCCACCUCCGACUGGCCAAUUAGCAGUAGCAGUAGUGUUCACAAUGACAAUAGAUAUGGCAUGCACAUGUGAUGGAUUCUGUGGCACAACUAUCGUCGGCUACUACGCAGGCUUGUCUCUCCGAGCCAUUUGGGAUGAUAACUAUAAGCAAGCUUACAGGGUUCCAGAAAUAGUGCCAUGUAGGACUGCGGGGUCUGUGGCAAUGUGGCAUAACUUGUAG